UGUUUGAGAUUCCAGUCGAGUUUACAAGGAGAGAAAUAUCUGGUCCACCCGGAGAGGACAGACUUUCCUGAGACAACAUUCACAGCCUCUCUGUGUGUCUUAUCUCACGGCUGUGACACCGGAACUGCACCGGGAGACAUUUGGGAUCCGACGGUGACCGUUAGCUUCACGGCUACAUCAGCUGGGACGGACCGGAAUGGCUCGGCCGAGGAAGAAAAGCAGUCCGGGGUGUUUAGCAUGAGGCUCUGCGGGGGGACACGGCUGGGAGACAACUACAGUGGUUAUUACAGCAAUAAUACAGACACGAAGAAGAAGACACAGAGGAGGACUGAGUGUGGGACAGCUGCCCGGUGACAUUUAAAACAACAGAAGAAGAAGAAGAUGAUGAAGAUGAGAGGGAGAGUGGAGCUGCUGGAGGUCUGCUGCCUGCUGCUGCUGCUGAGCGGAAACUCACACUGCAGAGACUCUCCGCAGACCGAACACCUCUCCUCCUAUCAGCUGACUGUCCCUCGACCAAUAGGGGGCCGGCUGAGGCGGGACGUGGACGGAAGACCCCCCAAUCAGGUCUCUUACAUCAUCAGUGUGGGCGGAAACGAUCACGUUGUUCAUCUGGAGAGAAAUGAACUGCUGCUUCCUGCAGACUUCACUGUGUUCACAUACAGUCAGAACGGAUCACUCAUCACAUCCACACCACCUGUACAGGACCACUGUCACUAUCAGGGCUUCGUUCAGGACAUGGAGGGUUCUGCUGUCGCUAUGAGCGUCUGCAACGGCCUCAGAGGAGUGUUGCAUCUCAAUGACGACAGUUACGGCAUUGAACCGUCAGACUCCACCCCUGACCAGCACCUGGUGUACCGCCUGCAGGAUGUGACAUCACAGCCCCGGGGGUGUGGCACGCCACAUGAUGACGAGCAUGACCACGACAGCAAUGCCACAGAGCAUGCUCAGUACAAACCAGAGGAAAUCCACCACAGGCAGCACAGCAGGAUGAAACGAGCUAUUCUUCAUCAGACCCACUACGUGGAGCUGCUGCUGGUGGUCGACAAUGACCGGUAUAAUUAUAUGAACAAGAACGAGACAGCAGUGAGAGAAGAGAUGGUUCAUCUGGCCAACUUUAUAGACAGUAUCUACAUACAGCUGAAUGUGCGGGUGGUCCUGGUCGGUCUGGAGAUCUGGACUCAGCAGAACCUGAUCAGCACAGACGGAGGAGCCGGAGAGGUGCUGAGUCGCUUCACCCAGUGGAGAGAGAAGGAGCUGGUCCCCCGCCGCCGCCACGACUCCGCACAGCUCAUCCUGAAGAAGGGUUUUGGUGGAACAGCAGGAAUGGCCUUCGUCUCCACCGUCUGCUCCAGGAGCCACGGGGGCGGGAUCAACGCGUUCACCAAUAACAACGUCCCCUCCUUUGCCUCCAUCGUUGCUCAUGAGCUCGGUCACAACCUCGGGAUGAACCACGACGACGGGCGCUCCUGUACCUGCCCCACCUCCGCCUGCAUCAUGAACUCUGGAGCCACAGGAUCCAGAAACUUCAGCAGCUGUAGCGCUGAUGACUUUGAGAAGAUGAUCUUGCUGACAGGUGGGACGUGUCUCCUGAACGUCCCCCGGCCUGAUGAGGCCUACAGCGCCCCCUACUGUGGGAACAGACUGGUGGACAUGGGAGAGGAGUGCGACUGUGGAACAGAGAAGGAGUGUGAGAAGGACCCGUGCUGUGAGUUUAAGACCUGUAAACUGAAGUCUGGAGCUCAGUGUGCGUACGGAGAGUGCUGCUACAACUGUCAGUACCUACCAGGUGGGACGGUGUGUCGGGCGAGGACAGAUGAGUGUGAUCUACCUGAGUACUGUAACGGCUCCUCGUCCCUCUGUCAGAGCGACGUCUUCAUCCAGAACGGGCAGCCCUGCAGGAACCAGCAGGCCUACUGUUACAACGGGAAGUGUCAGCACUAUGACGGACAGUGUCAGACCAUAUUUGGACCCAAGGCGAAAGCAGCUCCUGAAAUCUGUUUUAAAGACGUCAACAGUAAAGGAGAUCGCUUCGGCAACUGUGGCUACCAUAACUUUGGCUACAAGAAGUGUGAGAGCAGAAACGCUCUGUGCGGGAAGCUGCAGUGCUCCAACGUUCAGGCGCAGACGGUGUUCGGCAUCGAGCCGUCGAUCAUCAGCACGCCGAUCGGAGGAGCCAAAUGUUACGGAGUCGACUUCAUGCUGGGAUCAGAUGUCCCCGACCCCGGCAUGGUGAACGAAGGGAGCAAGUGUGGAGACAACAAGGUCUGUAUCAACUAUGAGUGUCGCAGCGCCGACAUCCUGAACUACGACUGUGACGUGGAGAAAAAGUGUCACGGACAUGGGGUGUGUAACAGUAACAAGAACUGUCACUGUGAGGACGGCUGGGCUGCACCUUUUUGUGAGGUCAAAGGUUACGGAGGGAGCGUGGACAGCGGACCCACCUGGAACGAUAAAGACACGUCCCUCAGAGACGGUCUGCUGGUCUUCUUCUUCGUCAUCCUCCCUCUUCUCGCUCUGGGUGCAUUUAUUUUUGUGCGCAGGAACGCACUGCUGCGACAACUCGGGCUGAGUCGCAGGAAGAGGUCGCAGGGAUACCAGGCUGACGGCGCAGCUUCAGCCAAUCCCAGCAGAGGACCGCCUCCCAGAGCGCAGCCUCCACCUGUUGCACGAGGAAACGCCAACAACAUCGUCAGAGACGGGCACCACGCUCAGCUACUGCCGCCACAGGAGGUGGUGGAGACCAACAGGACAGCUCCAUCCUACGCUGUGAGGCCGCCUCCUCCUCCUCUAAAACCGAAACCUUCUGCUGCAUCUCAGCCUCUGGUGCCUCAAAGACCCGCCCCCGCUCCACCUGUUUAACCAAUCAGGGGGCCCCGCCCACCACACCUGGAUGACUACCCUUCCUCUCCCUAUCUCUUCUUCUCCUCCUCCUCUUCAUCCUCUUCAACACUCUCAAAGCUGGUUACCUAGCAACAGCCAGGAAAUGUUUCUGGAGCCAGGAUGGCAGACAGCCGGUCCUGGACUACAAACUAGAUCGCUCCACCAGGAAACUGGACCCAGUCAGCCUGAACUGGGAUUUAACCAGAAUAAACAGGAACGCAGCAGGCCUGAACUCAAGUCUUUCUUUGUUUCUAUCCAGUGCAGUGUGGAGACAAAACUCAGCUCCUUCAGGUGAUACGUUAUCUGCACCGUCACCAAACCAGCCAAUCAUUUUCCAGAACAGUCACCUGUGACGUCAACGAGCCAAAUACUAGAUAAACCUGUCAUCAGCCAAUCAAAAAUCACCAUUAACACUUUGUAUUCCUGCUGUAAAAAAGCUCUACUAAUAAUUUCAUUUAAUAACUCUAGUUAUUUAGCAUGCAGGCUCGCUUACAAACAGAUGCUAGCUAAGGGGUUACAAGCAUAGCUGUAUAAUGCUAACUAGAUAGGCUACUGGAUCGCAAGAUGGUGCAUAUUCAUUCCAGUGGAGCUGCUCGCCUGGUGCAUACGCCAAAAAAAAGUUUCUAGCUUCCAGGUUUACUCCUGCCAAAUGUUCGCUGUAGUGUUUCUCUCCUGGCUCCUUCGUAGUUCCCGUUUGGCUUACAGACUUUACCUUGUGAUGACGACACAGAUUUUUAAGUCACUUUUCUUGGCUUGAGGAACGUUUUCCAAAUAUGAAACUUUCAUAGAUUAGAAAUUAAUGAUAAAGAGUCAUAAUUGAGCUUGUUUGCAGUCGGAGGUGUUCUGUCAGCAGUUUUACAGGCGUCUCUUUAUAAUGGAGGUCUAUGGGGAAAAUGAUUUUUGAGCCACAGGGGAUUUUUUUUGCUGCAAUACCGCGAGUGGCCACCGGGAGAACUUGGCUGUGAGGCUGAGCUUUGUUCGUCAUAGCUAAUGCUUGUUUUCUACAGCGUGCCCCAGAUUUCAUCCUGUACACUGGCACUAUGAAGUAUUCACUAUAUGUAACUGUAACUAUCACUAUUAACCUACAAACAAUUAAUGCAGGUUUUGUGACAUAAUGUUCAGUGGUUCGUUCACCAGUCCCAGCACCUCAUAAUUACUGUCGCUGCUAUGUUGCUACGUUAAGCUUUAAGGGGCCGUACACAUGCUGCGUUUUUGGGCCCUCAAUCCAUUGUUUCCAAUGUAGACGCAUGGCAGGUGUGCUCAAACACCUGAGUGAUGCUGUUUUUUAGGGCGACGGCUGAGCCCCGACAUAAACAAAGAUCAACUUGGAGCACAGCAGCGUGACCACAUGUCAUGUGACGAGGACCAACCAAUCACAGCUGACAGAUAACUUUCCUUCUUCAGUAAAUAUCAGUGUGUGAUAAAUAUGGAGGAGAAGUUGAUCAUGUUAGUGCAGAGCUGUAGAUCAGCUGUAGAUCAGCUCUGCACUCAGGUUUAUAUACAAGUCUAUGGCUAUGACACGGUGUUACCAGGCAUAUGAGUCACACACAGCGCCCAACCUCGUGUUUUCCAGGCGGUUAAAGAUGCAGCAUAUGUACGGCCCCUUAGAGUGAUUAAUAUAGAGACAGACUUGUCAUACUUUGUAAACCACGCCCACCAGAGGGGAACCCUAUUGGCGCUACAGUUUGCAAUCAAGGGCUGAAGCAUUAGCAAAAUACCUGUAGAUCGCUAAAAUCAUGAAAUAUCAGCAUGUCUAAGGAUUAUUGAUCACCUUACGUAUACUUAGAGAGGUUACAUAGAAAAACCCAUACUGCGGUCUUUUUUUUUUACGUUGCUUAUCUUGGAGGAAGGAUCCCACUGUGUGGCCAAAAGUGAUCAUGUGACCAGGUAAACUCAUCAUUUAAACCAGCAAGGAUCAUAACCAGACAUUACAUAGCUGAGUCAGCUUCAACCUCGACAGUUUGUUUGGACGAAUUAGCAAAAUGUCAGGAUCCGACAGUUUUCUCAUAUCCUGAUGAGUCACGUCUGUUUUUGGUUCAGCAGCUUUAAAAAACGUAGUUAUGAGUUGUUUGCCAUGUUGGUUUUACAUCCCACCAACGAUCAUCAGGCCGGUCGUCAGUUUGCCUGGCUCUAGUUACUGAAACGUUGCAGCAUUACAUUAGGUGUUCAGCUCGUCUCUCUGCGACGCCCCUGUUUGGAAAUAGAUGUGUGAAGUUUUCCUUUGUUCUGAGUACAUCCCACACAAAGCAGCACAGGGAGGCAACUUCACACAAGUCAGUGAAGAGCGAUGACUUGUCUUCCCCUCCGGUGGGGGCGGGGCUCCACUGCAGUCCAUCGCCACAGUUUUUAAUGACUGACUUUUCAAACACUGGGUCCUUGAUUUCAGACUGACGCAGACAGAAGCAGCUUUUCUUUUUUAACUGAUGAUUUUGCUACAGUGGCAGCUUGCUAGCAUUUAGCUAACUAGCUAACGUAAACUCCAUCACUGUAUGUACAUUCCUCCGCUUCAGUUCAGAGUCUGAAUUCUGAGUGUGGAAAUGUAACGGCGACGCAGCAACGCCCUCAGAAACUUCCCCAGAGGAACGAGAGACCUGUGGCUGAAUUCUAAUGUUUUAGUGUUGAUUUAUCGAUGAGGUCAGAAGCAGUCAGGUACAUGUACUGAGAGGUGCUUCUCUGUGAUUGGCUGGUUUGAAGACGCAGAGGUCACUGGAGGCGGAGCCUGCACUUGGACCCUUCUCUCUGUCUGUUUCCUGUCUCUGAAUAAAGCACUGGUGCCGUCUGAUUGCACUUCCCCUCUGCUCAGUGCUGUCAUAGGAAUGUAAUGCACCCCUGCUGCUGUGUGCGGGUGCGCUUGGUCUCCUCCACCCUGUUCUCCCGGCGCUCUCUGUCUCUCGCGACAGAUUUAUAAAAUCCCAGUAUGCAACAGCGUCUGAGUGCAGAGCUCCUCUGGCUUUCACUUCCUGUCCUCUGGAUCUGGAUCUGUGUGGUACGUUGGGACUUUCUGCAGGGACUGUACGCUCACCUCGUUUAGUUUCAUCAUGCAGCAGAUCAAACACUUCAGUCUGUGAUGUUCCGUAGCUCCUGUGGGAAACUAAACGUACACGAGGAGACGUCCUGAUGUUUGCUGCAGUCUCAUUGCAGAGAAAUGAAUCUGUCAUUGUUAUUAACCCUUUGAAACCUGGAGUGACAUCACUUUUCUUCCGCUGCUUUCAGACGGCUUUCGCAAGUAAUUAAAAUUUGAACUCCGGGCAGAUUGGUGCAAUUUGUUUAAAAGAUAUGGGGGAAAGGCAGCGAGCAACCUGGCAAGAAAUGUCACACAAAUUGCAAAAAAAAUAAAUAGAUUUCAAAAAAUAUUAUUAAAAAGCUAGGGAAAACUACAUAAUUAUUUUUUAAAAAUUUAAAUAAUUCUGUAAUAUAAUUUCAAAAUGUAAUAAUAAUAAUUUCUUAUUUCAUUUUUAAAUCAUGUUACAGAAUAAUGAGAAUUUUUAAACACUCAUUUCACGUCCUUCUUUUUGUUGUUUAUUUUAUUUUUUUUUUUGUAUGGGUCAUUUCUUCUUUUGUUUCUCGCUGCCUUCUUCCCAUGUUUUUCAAAUAAACUUAAGCUAAUUUGCUGGUUUCAAAGGGUUAACCUGAGGCUACAUCCACACUGAUACAUUUUCAUUUUGAAACACAUAUAACUAUUGCUGUGCUUACACCCAGUGCUCACACUGUUCCUGCUGGAGUAGUUUUUCUUCUUCAAGAGGAAGAAGAAAUUAUUUUAAUUUUUUCCAGCAGUUGAGAGACACUACUUCCUGAAGGAGACAUUACUACCCUUCACGUUCUGCUCAAUCUACUGAACAUCACAGAUUGUGUCCAAGUGUCUUAAUGUGGAAAUAAUCCGUUAAACUCUCCUGUCAUCACUGGAACUCCUGCUUUAAAGUCCUGAAAGCGUCCGGACUUCCUGUUCCCGCCCUCUUUAUCGUCAGCGUCACCUGAAUGUGAGAAACUGAAGGAAACACAAUCAGCCUCCUGACUGCAGACUGAUUCAAACACUCAGGAGGUUUUAGUUUCUGUCUCGUUGUGUGAACGCUUGGCGGCCUCGUCGCUCAUCACCAGAGGGAGGGGGUUUAUGGCCACCCCGCCAACACUCACAGGUUUCAUCCAAACCAGGGAUUUUUACACCACCAGUAAACCAAAUGUUUCUGUUUGUAACCGGCUCCAGCUGCUGUUAACUGACUGUUAGCAUCGUUAGCCAGUUAAUGACCCUGGAUGCACUGUGUGAGGAGAACGCCAUGAUGAUAUUUUAUCUGCUUUAGUUCAUUUUAAUUUGCUGUCUGGAGUGUUGUUUUGCACAGAAAUGGGUGUAAACAGACUGAGGAUUAACAGAAGUCACUCACAGGGCUAAUCAUGUGCCAUUUGAUCCUUUUCAUGCCAAAAACAAUGAAAGUGUAAUCAGUGUUUUACCCGAAUUUUCCUCCUGAGGACAGAGAAAAGUGUCGAGAACAGACUGUUCAGAAUGAAGUUAUUUAGAGACGUGGGAGCAGCUGGAGCUGAAGCUCAACGUCAGCGUCAGAUUACAGUCAGUAAACUGCUGCUGCUGCUGCUGCAGACGGAUCACUUUAAAGGUGAAAUCAGUCUGGUGCUUUUCUACUUUCAAAUCUUCAUGUUCAGACUCAAACCAACAGUGCGGUGGAUAGGAAGGACUUGGUCUUGGGUUUCUUGUUUUUUUCUCAUUGGACCGCUCUGUUUUGUUGUUGUCCACAGAUUGUCUGAGCCAGGCGGGCUCUGUACUUGAUGCCAAGCUCUCUGCCAGCCGCAACUGUAACUCUGACUCAUGAGAUCGUGGUCAGAGAUCCCAAACAUCUCCAUGGCAUGGAGGUGGGCGAUGUGUUGGUCCAGUUCAGGGUCAGUCCGCCUGUGUCUGGAGUGCAUGGCCUGAAGCUGCAUCUGUGUGGACGAUGACCGUGGGUCCUCCAGAGUAAAGAGCUCCUUCAGCUCCUGCUUGCUAAAGUACCGAAAAGGGUUCUUCUUGUCCCCAGUAUUCUGUCUGAUGAGGGAGUCUUUGAAAACCUGACGCCUGUAGAUCUUUUCCUCGACAGUGCCGCAGGUGAUCAGCCUGUAGAUGACGACGUUUUCAGUCUGGCCGAUGCGAUAUGCCUUGUCCACAGCCUGAGCGUCUGUCGCUGGGUUCCAGCUGGGAUCAUAGAUCACAACUCUGUUUGCUGCUGUCAGAGUGAUGCCAACUCCUCCGACCUGGGUGGUCAGGAGGAAGACAGAGUAACUUUCGUCAGUCUGGAACUUAGUGAUGCGCUUCUCUCUCUCUGCAAGCUGAGUUAUUGUCCCAUCUAGUCUCAUGACUUUGAAGCCUCUGUUGCCCAGGAUGCGUUCGCUGAUGUCAAGCACUUUCCUGUAGUGAGUGAAGACGAGUGUGCGGUGGCCCUCUUCUCGGAGCCUUUCAAGAAGUGCAAACAGAAAGACAAGUUUCCCAGACUCAGAUAUUAGGGUGUCGUCAGGAACGUUAGCGAUGCUGCCUGUGUCUGCCUCCGUGUUUUCAUUCUGCUCAUUCUCAGGUGAACUCUCCUCCAAGCCUAACUUAGCGAUGGCUGUAGCAGAGAGAAGUCUUGGAUGGUCGCACAGCUUUUUAAUAUGUUUAACUCGGCUAGAGGCGACCUGGUGGUCAUGAGCAGCUCCUUGAUGUGGUCCGGUGACAGGAGCUGCCUGUCCAGACAAUCAGGUCGUUCUUUCUCGUCAGCUUGGGCAUGACUGCUCCAGAGUCUUCUGGGGGGUUUGGGACAUGGCUGUCGUUGUCGUCCGAAUGUCCCUCUUUGCAUGGCUGUGCUCCGUUCAUUUUGUCUUUCUGCACUUCUGCUUUUGUCCUGCAGAGGAAAUAGGGUUUGAUUAUGGCCAUGAGGUUCUCAGACACCCGAGAACCGAGAGCCUUUUCCCCUGGAGUGGCGUCCUUCGUUCUUUGUUCUUACCACCUAUGGAAGGGGUCGAACCCAUUCAGGCUCCUCAGUGAUGCCGACACUUUCCUGUUUGAGUAACAUUUGCUAAAAACUCCAGUGUUGUUUUUAAAAGAGAAACCAUCAUUAACCACCUUCAGAAGGAACCAAUGAGCUUUGAGCUGAGAGCUACAGACAGGAAGUCAAGACAGUCACAUGCCGUUGGUUUGAGUAUAAACAUGAGAUUUGUUUCAACACAGCAUAAAAUCACCAGACUGGUCCUUUAAACAGUGGAGUCUGAUGUGAGGAAAGAUGUUCGUGAGAUUUUCUUGCCCUGAGUUUGGUCUUUCAGGCAGAGAGUCCUCCCAAGCGGAGCAGUGCUGCAGUAACAGUUAAAGUCCUCUUGGCUGUGGGGGUGCAGGCAGCCUGACAGGUAAGACUCAGGGCCUCACUGUCUCACAGUGCAGUUAUAUUAAUGGUAAACCUGUGUAAGCUGUAGGUGUGUGAAUGGCACCACAGCAGGUGAAGGAGGACCGUAUGACUGGUCGACACCUGAUCUCCUCGUAAACACUGAUAUCACCGUGGCAGCGCAGAGAAUCUCCUCACCUUUUUCUACUAUGAUAAAUGAUUUUAUAUAGAAUUUUGUUUCCUUUUCCUCUUUGCAAAUGUAAACAUGUUAUCUGUGGUAAUAAUUUUUAUUUCAUUAUUAAGUA